AUAGUGUAUGUUCUCAAGCAGCUCUCUCUCUCUCUCUCUCUCUCUCUCUCUCUCUCUCUCACCUAACUCGCUAAAGCAGCAGCCAGCUACAAUGGCGGUUACCUUUUCAGAUCUACACACAGAGCAGGGUCUCAAAUCCGUGGAGGAGCACCUCGUCGGAAAAACCUACAUCUCCGGAGAUAAAUUGUCUGUAGAUGAUGUGAAGGUAUACGCUGCCGUUGUUGAGAAACCAAGCGAGAGUUUCCCUAAUGCUAGCAAGUGGUACGACUGUGUUGCCUCCCACCUUGCUAAAAGUUUCCCUGGUAAAGCCGUAGGAGUUUCAAUCGGUGGCUCUGCUGCUGCUCCUGCCCAAGCUGAGGCACCUGCAGUAGCUGCAGCUGAUGAUGAUGAUGACAUGGAUCUGUUUGGUGACGAGACAGAGGAGGAAAAGAAAGCUGCAGAGGAGAGGGAGGCUGCUAAGAAGGACACCAAGAAGCCCAAAGAGAGUGGAAAGUCAUCUGUGCUCAUGGAAGUCAAGCCAUGGGAUGAUGAGACCGACAUGAAGAAACUUGAGGAGUGUGUUCGUGCUGUUGAGAUGCCUGGUCUUCUAUGGGGAGCUUCAAAACUGGUUCCAGUUGGUUACGGGAUCAAGAAGCUCACGAUCAUGCUCACAAUCGUUGAUGACCUCGUGUCCCCAGACAACCUCAUUGAAGACUAUCUCACCUCUGAACCUAACAACGAGUACAUCCAGAGUGUUGACAUCGUCGCAUUCAACAAGAUCUAGAGACUUUAGAUCUCUCCUUGCCAAAAAAGAUAUUUGAUUUCCUUCCAAGUUUUGUUUCUUUUUGUGUUAUUUGCUUUGGGAUGUUUAUUUUCUAGUUGCAAGACCUCUUACAUGUUGCAAUGAAACAUAAACUAUCAAUGCCUUAGUAUUCCUUUACCAUUA